AUGCUCAGGAAUUUGAUUACCUCCAUCACCAUUUUGGGGGAAAUGCACGGCAACGUCCCCUUCGCAACCAACGCCGCCCCGCCCUCCCACGACUUUGGUCAAUUUUAUGCGAUGUAUGCCACGGACAAGGAGUCGGCCGCCGGCGUCAGGAUGGGGGACGAGUGCAACUUGGCCGGAGGCCCUGCUUCUAGCACCCCCCAUUCCGGCCAUGUUCAGGCGCCCGGCUUCUGGCAUCCCCUCCUUUCCCCCGACGUCCAGGCAACCGCUUCCCGGCUUCCGCACUACGGGUGUCGUACAGGUGUCGUUAAUUAUAAAGAGCAUUCCGGCGCCUUUUUUGCCCUGUUUUCCUUAAAGUUUUGGGACCGCCUUGUGGUAAUAAUAAUGGGAGAACCUGGCGCCGACGUGGAAGAUGAGUAA